CGUCAUACUUGGCUGGCAUCAGUCCCACUUCAUUGUUUUACAUGUAGUACUCGUGUUUUCUGUCAGAAACAUGGUGACACUGUAGUUUGAUAGACGGCGUCAGUCUGGGGCUGUUUGUUCUGACUUUCCCUCCUGACAGGUGCGUCUGACACACUGAGGAGAUGAGUCGCUUUCUGAACGUCCUGCGGAGCUGGCUGGUGAUGGUGUCCGUCAUCGCGAUGGGAAACACGGUGCAGAGUUUCAGAGACCACAGCUUUCUGUCUGAGAAGCUCUACACAGGAACACCGGAGUUUGUAAAUGGUCUCCAAGCUCGAACUUUUGGCAUUUGGACAUUGCUGUCAUCGAUCAUUCGCUGCGCGUGUGCCAUUGACAUCCAGAAUAAAACGUUGUAUCACAUCACCUUAUGGACCUUUGUGCUGGCGUUGGGACACUUUCUGUCUGAAGCCUUCAUCUAUAAAACAGCACCACUGACCAUCGGAGUCAUGGCACCUCUUAUUGUGGCAAGUUUCUCUGUCAUUGCAAUGCUCAUUGGGUUCCAGUGUUUUCCAGAGACACAGGAGGAAGUCGGAGCUCGACAGAAGAAGCGUAACUGAAUCUCAGUAGUUCAGGUUUUCCUCUUGUAGACUGAACCCACCCCCGUCAGACACUUGUGGACUGAUGCUAGUGUGCUACUUCUUGCCUUGAAGAACAGGCAAUCCCUUAUUUCCUGCUGUGACAUUUUAAAAUGCACCAUUUACAUUUACGUCUUCAUUUUACAGUGGACAGUGCAAUCAAAACAGUGUUACACUACAGUGGUUAACACGUGCUAUGUUCGUGCAAAUGAGCAACACGUGGAAGCUUCAUUUUAGGAAUUUUGCAGUAUCUUAACAGCCAAAAUUUCAGCUUUUCAGUUUUAGUGUGGCGGUGCUGAAAGAAAUGACAACAGGAAUAAUCCAGACUAGAUUUUUUUGGAGAAUGCUAAUUGCUUUAUUUCACCAGACUACAACUUUCUAUUCAUUUUUUCAAAUAAUAACUGAGUUUUUACCAAAGAACUCCAAUGACUACACAGUAAGAAACUACGCCCUUCAUUAUAAACCAUCACAAACAUGCAUAGCAGCAGUUAUUCUUGAUGUUUGUUCUGUGCUGGAGGAGGUUUAUACACCGUCAGAAAUUUAUGCACCUUUACCGUCGCAUGAAACCUUUUUAAAAAUCAUGUUUUUUAUCAAAGUAAUAAGAGAAUAAUAUGUAUUUUUCAAAUUGCACCCUAUAAAUGAAAAUGUAUUCGAAGUAUGCAAGUGUCUUGUUUCCAGAUGUGUAAUUGUGUUUUUGCUUCAUUUUUGAUAAACUCUUAAUUCCCUA